CCUUGGCGAGCGUGCGUACCGGAGGAGGAACGGACUGAUGACUGAGGUCUCUCGCACUCGCACAGCUCGAGUUGAAGAAGUCAAGAAGGGGAAGACGGACGGAGAACACAGCACACCACACGGACCUCGGAUCGAUAUCGUGGCACUGGAAUGUGGUUCCCUGGCAUCCCAGAAGAAACAAAAAUAUCGCACGGUGUCAGUUCGGCGUAUAUAGGAAAACAUCAUCCGGGAAGUAAAAACAGCGUUGGAGUUCUCCUCGUCUCAAUAUGACCGGUGUUUGCCGAUGCUGAAGUGUGUUCAUUUGUAGGCGAAGAGUGAGACUCACACAUUUUACAUAUCAAUAUUUUGUGUUCACACUUCUGAAAUGGAAUCCCCGCACGGCAGACCUGAGCGCAAAAAUAUGGACCAAUGCCUGCGGCGGCUGAAGCAGGAGCUGCUGUCGAUGCGUGAGGCGGGCGAUGGCCUCCACGCUCAGAUGAACUCCAUGAUGGGGGCUCUACAGGAACUCAAACUGCUGCAAGUUCAGACGGCUCUGGAGCACCUGGACAUCUCCGCCAAGCCUCCCUCCCACACACACACGCACACGCACACACACACACACUCGCACACACUCACCCAGACACACACACAGCUGACCCAGCCUCUCUUUGACGAGCCUCCAUUCCCAGACCCCCCCUCCCUACUGGAGCUCGGCUCCGCCUUCAUCUCCGACUCAUCGAUGGAGGAGGCCACACCCCCACCACCGCCACGCCCCCUUAAGAAGCGCGCCUCCCACCGGGGCAGUGUCAGCACCUCCCCCUCCUCGUCCUCCUCCUCCUCUUCCUCCUCAUCAGGGUCAGGCUCAGCAGACAGCAGCCUGCUGCUCUCUCACAGGUCCUCUCGCCACAGCGCCACCUCUUAUGAGGACGCUUCCUGCUCCGCCUCUGGAUCAGGCUCAGGUUCUAGUUCUAGUUCUGGUUCUGGUUCUGGUUCCGGUUCCAGUUCCAGUACCAGCUGGCACUCGCGGGCGUCUGUGCGUCAGCGUCAGCCCCCGGCGGUCACUGCCCCUCCACCUCCGCCCCUCUCGCUGUCCGAGCUGCAGGAGCUGCUCCAGUGCCUGUCACGGCAGGGCCCGCCCCUACGCCACGACCUUUGCCCUCUGGGGGACGAGGAGGAGGAGGAGGAUGGCGGUGACUGGACGUCCUCGCUGAUGAGCUGCAGCCGCACGCGCCAGCCGCUGGUGCUUGGCGACAGCUUCCUGGCCGACCUGGUGGGCAACUGGCUGGACCUACCGGAGGUGGGCGGGGCCGAGGAGGGGGCGGCGGCCGGUCGGUGUGACGGCGGACACACCCCGCGUCCAUCUCGCGCCCAGGAGCUGCGUCGCCGCCUGGCGCUCACCACCGGGAUCUUCAAGAAGGUCCUGCGCAGCGUCCGGCCCGACCGCGACAAGCUGCUGAAGCAGAGGCCUGGCUGGCCUGACCCCACGGAACUGCAGAACCCGGACCAGCUGCACAAGAGAACCAAGAAGAGCGCAGCCGCCGCCAAACCCAAGGGCAGCUUCUACCGGCCCUUCUGGAGCCGCAAGGGGAAGGCCGGUGCCAGUCUGCCCACCGACAGGCUGCCUCCGCUGGGCAUCGGCCCACAGAGGGGGGCCUGGGUGCCCGCCGAGAGGGGGCACCCCCUGUUCGACCACAACGCUGCCAUCUGGGUGUGAGAGCCCACUCUGGGCACUGGGGUGCCAGAGCAGAGACUGGCACAUACAGAGACUGGCA